AUGGGGAAUGAAUUAGAGAUGAGUAUGAUGGGGGAGCUGAAUUUUUUCUUAGGCCUACAUAUCAAGCAAACCUCAAGUGGGACUUCAAUUUGUCAAGAGAAGUACACAUCAGAGAUGUUGAAGAAGUUUCACAUGGUGGACUCGAAGCCUAUUGAUACACCCAUGGGUAUAAACUCUAAAAUGGGAACAAAUGAGGCUGAUCCACUAGUGAAUCAAACCAUGUACAGAGGGAUUAUUGGUUCUCUAGUAUAUCUAACAGCUAGUAGACCUGACAUUGUCUUCAGUGUAGGAAUGUGUGCAUGA